AUGCCAUCCUGGACACAUCUGGUUCGCUUCGUGGCUUUCGAGGAUAAUGAAGUUCAUUUGGGUCAACUAGUCGAUCCAACGCGCGACGUAGGCCUAGACUUCAUCAAUGAAAUCCCCAUCUAUGCAUUUGAGAUAAAAGGCUCUGUAUAUCAGGGCCAGGUAACAAGAAAGUCUUUACAAGUGCGAAAGCUGCUUUCGCCUAUUGCACCAGAGGACUGUCCCUACAUUCGUUGUAUUGGUUUGAACUACAAGCUUCACGCCAAAGAGGCCGGCAUGGCAAUUCCACCUGUCCCAGCCCUGUUCACGAAACCUCGAACUGCUAUCAACAAUUCAUACCCGGAUACAAUCAACAUUGCAAAGUUUGCUCAGGACGGAACGAGUGACUAUGAAGCGGAAUUAGUAGUUUUGAUUGGAAAGGCAGCACGAGAUAUUACCGCCGAAGAGGUACCUGAAUACAUUCUUGGAUACACUGCUGCCAACGAUGUUUCGGCGCGAGAUACGCAAAUGAAAACACCAAUGCCUUGCUUUUCAAAGGGCAUGGACUCCAGCUGUCCGUUGGGCCCUGUUUUGGUGUCACCGACUAUCAUUUCGGAUCCACAAGAUCUAGGUAUUAGCGCAAUUCACAAUGGCAAAAAGCUUCAAGAUGGGCAUACUAGUGACAUGAUAUUUGGGGUGUGUGAACUCGUCGCAUAUUUGUCCCGGGGAACUACUCUCGAAGCUGGAUCUAUUAUUCUGACUGGAACCCCGCCCGGAAUUGGUUAUUUUCGAUCCCCUAGAGUAUUUCUCGACGACGGAGAUGAUAUUCGAGUUCAUAUCGAGAAGAUUGGGACCCUUAUCAAUAAAGUCCACUACGAAUAG